CGUUUUUCUCCUCUUCUUCCUUCUUCGACUCCUGGGCUUGAUUUGAUUUCCUGCUUUCCCCCUUUCUUCUGCCUUCUUCCCUUCAAUCCUCAUCCGCUUACUCCGUACUUUUCCUUGCCUUCUUCCCUUCCACCCUAUCUUUGUCUUAUAUCCCUCUCCGUCCUGCCUGUGACAGCUCUUAUUCGGCGACCUGUCGCGACUCGCCGCCUCAACCUCCCGUCCGAUUCUCCACUGCUCAUUCGCUUGUUGACCCCCACAUUCCACUUUUUUUCCUCGCCAUUUUUUUCGCCCUUUAAAAACCUGUCGCCCUUCUUCUUCUUCUGUUUUUAUUUUUAUUUCCUCCCACCAUGGGCAUCGCAGCGAAUGCCAUUUACUAUAUCUUUCAUCCCUCAGAAUUGAGGUCGAUAGCUCAAUGGAAAAUUUGGCACAACCCUGUUCACGAACGCAAUGAGAAGGAAGAAUGCGAGACUUUGAGGACUUGCUUCAAGUUUCUCCAGAAGACCAGUCGUAGCUUCAGCGCUGUCAUCCAGGAGCUCCACCCGGAAUUGCUCGUCCCCGUUUGCCUUUUCUACCUCGUUUUGCGCGGCUUGGAUACUAUUGAGGACGACACUUCCAUUCCUCUUGAGACCAAGGAACCGUUGCUGCGGGAUUUCAAGAAUGUCUUGGACAAGGAGGGCUGGUCAUUCACCGGCAACCGCCCGGAGGAGAAGGACAGAGAACUGCUGGUUCAGUUCCACAAUGUCAUCGCCGAGUUCAAGAAGCUGAAGCCGGUCUACCAAGAGAUCAUCAAGGACAUUACGGACAAGAUGGCCAAUGGUAUGGCGGAUUAUGCCCGCAAGGCCGAGCUUGAGGACGCUAGUGUCAAGACAAUCGAGGAAUACGAUUUGUAUUGUCACUACGUUGCCGGCCUUGUCGGAGAGGGUCUUACUCGCCUCUUUGUUGAGGCUGAGUUCGGCAACCCUGCUCUGAUCAAGCGCGUCGCUCUUCACAAGUCGAUGGGACUCUUCCUGCAGAAGACAAACAUCAUUCGUGACAUUCGGGAAGACGAAGAUGAUGGUCGACGGUUCUGGCCCAAAGAGAUUUGGUCCAAGCACGUUGACAACUUCGAAGACUUGCUCAACCCAGAGCACCUCGACGCAGCCCUCAACUGCAGUUCCGAGAUGGUGUUGAACGCCCUGGAACACGUCGAGGCUUGUCUUUUCUACCUUGCUGGAUUGCGUGAGCAGAGUGUUUUCAACUUCUGCGCCAUUCCUCAGUCCAUGGCUAUUGCCACGCUGGAGUUGUGCUUCCGUAACCCGGACAUCUUCAAGCGUAAUAUCAAGAUCACCAAGGGUGAGGCUUGUCAACUGAUGAUGGAGUCGACUCAGAACUUGCGCAUUCUCUUUGAGACUUUCCGUAGAUACGCUCGCAAGAUUCACAAGAGGAACACUCCCAAGGACCCUAACUUCCUGAAGAUCAGCAUGGCCUGUGGAAAGAUUGAGAAAUUUGUCGAGACAAUCUUCCCCUCGCAGUCUGCUGAACUGGCCAAGCGCCAGAUUACUGGCGAGAAGACCAAGGAAGAACAGAAGAGGGCCAGUGAAGACGCUGAAAAUCGCCAGGACAUGUACUUUAUGAUGGGUCUGAUGGGUGUCAUCGUCAUUAUCGUCUCCUUUACCAUGAUUGGCACUGCCUGGUUUCUGGGAGCGCGAUUUGAUCUGGCUUGGAAGGAGCUGAUGCAAGGCAACUUCAGACCCCCUACCAAGCCACUCCGCGAUGCGGAGUUGUAACUUUCUACGUUGCAUUGACUUACGAUAUUUAUCACUUAAUUACUAGCACCGACAG